UGAGUCAAAGAGGUAUGCAGCUGAAGGAAGAAAAGAAGGAGAAGCUAGUGGUGCUAGAAAAGAACAAAGAGGAGGCUGAGAGAGUCAAACCAGAGAAGCAACAAAUCAAAGAUGAGCUUGAAGCAGCUGAGAAUAAGGCGCUGGAAAUUUACAGAAAAAUGGAAGAUGAAGAGAAGAAGAGAAAAGCGGAAGCUGAAGCAGCCAAGAAUAGGGAAGAAGCCACAGAAACUUUUGUCAAGUUUGACUCCAAUCAAGACGGUUUUGUGGAGAUUUCUGAGUUACAAACAAGACAGACGUUUGACAAAGAUAAAAAUGGAGAAGUUUCCGUGGAAGAAGCCCGCUAUUUCCUCAACAAUGAAGACGCAGUAGACCUUGAAAAAUUCGUCACAGACGCUUGGCCUAACAUCAAACCCUACCUAAUGAUGGACGCCGGUCUCUUUAAGCCCCCAGUCCCCCAAGAAGAAAGCCCCAGUGAAGCCGACGACCUCCAAGGCGACGAAGCUGAAGAAGAAGAAGCCCCUCAAGACGAAGAAGAACCAGAUGAAGGUGAAGACGAACCGGAGCAACCUGAAGAGGCCGUAGAAGAACCGGCGCCCCUACCCUACGACGACGAGACCCAAAAGCUCGUGGAUCGAGCAACUUUCGCUAGGAACGAGUUUGCGGACGCUGAGCGAGCCGUCAGAGACAUAGAAGCCGAAAUUAAUAACAUCCAAGACUAUUUAGAGAAGGAUUUCGGGCCUGAAGAGGAGUUCGCGUCUCUACAAGGCGAAUGCUUCGAUUAUUCCGAUCACGAGUACAUUUAUAAGUUGUGUCCGUUUGAGAAGACCACUCAGCUGCCAAAGUCCGGUUCCAUGGAGACUAGGUUGGGGUCGUGGGGCCGCUGGGAUGGUCCUGAAGAUAAUAAGUAUGAGUCUAUGUUGUACGACAAGGGCCAGUCUUGCUGGAACGGUCCGCAGAGGUCUUCCAAAGUGAAAGUUGUGUGUGGUGUCACGAAUGAAGUGACUUCUGUUACUGAACCUAAUCGAUGUGAAUAUCUGUUUGAGUUUGUUACUCCAGCGGCUUGUAGGGAAAUUGCUAGUGAUGUAGAUGAUUUACAUGAUGAAUUGUAAUUGUAUUUUGAUAUUUGUAAAUCUUUAAAUUUGUAUCUUUUGAUAUUGUCGGGAUUUCCUCUAGCGACCUGCAGCAUUUUCCUUUCGGUUUAAUGGACACUGAUUAUGGAGUGAUAGUAUGUAUGAAUUUAUUUUUCGUUUAUUAGUUGUAUGGUGGAAGAUAAUCAGUGAUAAUUGUAAGACCAAGAACUGUUAUCAAUUGUGAAUUGAAGUACUAUUUAAUAAAACACUUUAGAUAAGAAAAA